AUGAGUUCGUUCCACAACUUGGUGCUACAGGCAAAGAAGGCGCGCUCUGUCAUCAAUUACAGAGGGAGGAAAUCAGAUGCCAAGAAGAAUAAUCUGUCCAAGCACGCUGCAGGUUCAUCAUCAGUGUCCUCGUCAGUGUAUGUUGAAUGCCCCUCUGUGGAGCUAGUUCCGACUUCUUCCCCCUGGGAUCUCCUCCCAGUCGAGAUUCAGAUCAAGAUAUUCGCCCACUGCGGUGUCACGGAUUUCCUACCAUUAAAGCUUGUCUGCAAAUCGUUCUAUCUGCUGCUUAACUCGCAGGAACAAUGGAUUACCCGGCAAUACCUCCGUCAACGUCGCCAUGGAACACUUCCAUCCCCAAUAGAUAGCGAAAGAACAUAUACUCGGAACCCGGAGGAUGAUGCAGUGUUGUUAUCGGAUUUGUUUCCACCAGCCAAAAGCGCUAAGGGUGGUCACAUAUACACUUUCAAGUAUAUUUCCGGCCUGCGUCGCCGGCAGACGCUUUGUUCAAGGCUUUGCUGCUACCUUGCAGACCGUGUUAUGGAUCGGUUUGUGCACAGCGAACCGGCGUUUAUGAAAUCCAUGUUCACCUCCAAAGCUGAGCGCUGUGUCUUCGUGCAAAGGACUACUGCGCGCUUAUGGUUUCAUCUCGCUCCGCUCAUGUAUUAUACACUAUACUUCCUUGAAACCUAUGCUCUUGCCAGGCGAGAGCAGACUAACGUUCUUCUGCGUGACUGGGAAGCCGGACGCUUGCCAGUUCCUGUACCCCCACACAUCCGUAAAGCCAUGUACCGGGACUUGCAAGUAAAGAUAAUCAGAUCACCCCCUUUUACUGACACCCCUACCCUCAUAGCCACACAUCACUGCAUGCAACUUCUAGUCUCAUACUUGCGGUACACUGUACCACCGGAUGAGCCUACGGUUUCGGAUGACAGUUGGAUUGGAUCGUUGCUUACAGUAUCGCCGUUCCUCCGAAUAGUGGAGUACUUCUCCGCUGAGAUCGGGGAUGGUGGCAAUCAGCGGAUGCAGCGAAAGGACUUCAUGCACAAUUUUCAUAAUGAUAUUACAUUAAAUGAAAAGGACGACAUCAACAUGUUGGUCUUCCAGAAUGCCCCGAAUGUGCAUCUGCAUGGUUCCGUGGAAGAUGUCUGGUUCGAUGUUGUGAAGGAGGAAUUGGCUUUACGAAAGGCGGCGCCGCAUCAUGCAGAGCGCGUCAUGGUUUGGACAGGAUUGCCUGUCCUAUUCAGCUGCCAAGACUGUACCACAAUGGCACAAACAAGCCUACUAAACACCUCGUGGAUACUCCACCGUCUCUCCCCUCUUCACCACGGAAGAGACUUCGACAGCCUUGUCAACAACCCCGCGGCUCUGAAAUUCUACGCGACCAGACUGCGCGAUCAGUUGACCGCAUCCUCCUUCCCGCUUGCCCUCCAAUCCAGCGGUCCAUUGCCCACGACAGACGACGAUUCCCUCUCCCGAACCGGCGCGCUGCAAUCCUGCACCUGGGAAUCCAUAUCCAGUCUCUCAUUCUCAGAUACUGGACAUGAACGAGGAGGAAUCCUCGUGAAGCUGGAGUACGAAAACGCAACAUACAAAGCAGCUCUUCUUACCUUGUCCUCUCUUCCUGCAUUCCAAACCGAAGCCACUUCAAAACCUCGCACUCGAACGCGCUCUCAGACUCAAACACAUGCUACGCACCUACCGCUCCUUCUGACCCGCUUUCCUGCCCCUCUCCGACAGACCUUCGUCUCUUUUCUGUCUUCGACCUUCGACACGUACUGUUCUCCGCUUCGUCUUCCCUCGCGAUUUAUAGGCACAGCCUUGAACACAUACAUAAACACAUUGAACUCCGAAGAUGGAUCCGGGUCUAUGGACGUAGUCGAGAUCGUCAAAGAGCUUCACCUCACUCUAUCGUUUCCUGCCUCUGUUUCGCCAGAUUUGCGUACAUUGAACGUUACGAUACCACGGGAUUCACUGGGCGGGUUCCUUGAUGUUGGAAAUAACGGAACUGGAAGUGAGUUGAACGUUCUGGCUGUUCUCAGUUCAUACUUGGAAGAGCAUUUGGCAAUGAAGUUUGAUUUGAGCGGUGGCAAUGCUGAGCCCACCCCCAAGGAGCAAGAUUAUGUGCGGCUUUCACGGAUCGCCUGCGGGGGGUUCGUGCUCGGUGGAGACGGGAAGCUCAAGCUGGUUGCUGCACCUCCAGUAGGCGACAACGAUGGCUCGAAUACCGCUGCUGAUCGGAAAAAUCUUCUUGCAUUACGGGCUUGUGAGGUGUUGCUUUCCGAUACCUUGCGUAGGGCUGAGAUGAGCGAGGACGAGAACCAGAAAUCCUGA